CACGCUGGUGACCAUAGUGGUGACGGAUGGUAUUAAAAGAGAAUUUGCGCGUGAAGCAGGUACACCAGGGGGAGGAUCCCAUGGAUAUUGGUUACCAGCCGGGGAAUGUUUGGUCCGUCGGCUCGGAGGUGGAUGUGAGCUGUUGUGUAUUUGUGGAACGAGCGGUGAAGCCUGCCGAAAUUAGCGGAACCGUCAGAGAAUGCCGCCACGCGCCUGCGGGAAACAGUUGCAACGCCGAUUGUUUGUCGUCACCGACUGUGCACGUCCUUAUUUUCCUCACAACGACCACCGAGGGAGGUGUUUGCCAGAUGGCGAAGGCGAAGUACGUUGGCCGCCGCCAAGAAGCGAUCUGUCUGCAGGCCGCCCUCGGAGAAAUGCUGAGCGAGAUCACAAAUCCGCUAUGA